UUAAAUAUAACCGGCACGCUAGCACCGGCCACAAUAUUAUUACACUCGAGCAGUCGACACAAGCAGUGUUUUCCAUUCAGUCAAUAGAAGCACAUUAUAUUCAACAACACAGUCAGAAUGACGGUCGAUUUUUACUACACCCCGGGCAGCCCACCGUGCAGAGCUGUUUUGCUCGCAGCCAAAGCCAUCGGUCUGGAGUUGAACUUGAAACCCUUGGAUCUCCAUCACGGCGAACACUUGAAACCGGAAUUCGUCAAGAUAAAUCCCCAGCACUGUGUUCCCACUUUGGUCGACGGCGAUCUAGUACUUUGGGAAAGUCGUGCCAUCAUCGUGUACUUGGUACAGAAAUACGGCAAAGACGAUUCGCUGUACCCCAAAGACCCCAAGAAGCAAGCGUUGGUCAACCAGAGAUUGUACUUUGACAUUGGCACCUUGUACGCGGCCUUUGCCGACCAAUACUAUCCGUACAUUUUCGCCGGUGUGCCCAAAACCGACGACAAAGAAAAGAAGAUAGCCGAGGCCUUGCUGUUGUUGGACACUUAUUACUUGAGCGGUACCGCGUGGGCGGCCGGCGAUUCCAUCACGCUCGCCGACUUAAGUUUGGCGGCUUCCGUGUCCACGAUCGAGGCCGUGGACUUUGAUCUGUCGCCGUUCCCGAACGUGUCCAAGUGGCUGUCGAAGGCCAAGACCACGUUGCCGGGUUACCAGGAGCUAAACCAAAAGGGAAUCGAUGGGUUCAAAAUCAUGGUGGCCAACCUCACUAAGAAAUAAUAGCAAUAACGUUUUUAUUUUGUUUUUUUAUUUCACCACUACAAUAACGUUUAAUUUACGAAAACACCAUUAUACGCAUAUUUUUAUGAUAUUUAUUUUUGCACGUUGGCAAUCGCAUGAUGUAACAUCGUAUGUAUGUAUAUUUUUUUUUUUACAAAUAUUUAUUUAUAGAAAUACCGAAUACACGAUCAAUUUUUUAGUCGGUA